AUGUGUGUGAUGUAAGGCAUCCCUUCAGACAGCAUUUUCACCAAAUCAUGAAUAUAACUAAACAAAAUAUCUAGGUGAAUCUUAGUGCUCUCCAACCAGAUAGCUAAGCUAGCUAAACUCCCAAAACAAAGCACAAGCUGCUAGCUACUUCACAUUCAUAUUAUAAUUACAUCACAAUCUUACUUCAAACUCCAUCCUCCUUCAAAACUCAUCAGACAUGUCUCACCUUAACUUCCUCCUCCUCCUUCAGUUUUCUCUGUUCUUCAUCAACCAUGUCCAAGCCCUCACUUCCCCUUCAGACAUCUCAGCUCUCAAGGCCUUCAAAGCCUCAAUCAAACCCUCCUCCAUUCCCUCCUGGUCUUGCCUAGCCUCAUGGGACUUCACCUCCGACCCAUGCACCCUCCCCCACCGAAUCCACUUCACCUGCGGCGUCACCUGCUCACCGGACUCCACCCGUGUCACCCAGAUCACUCUCGACCCCGCCGGCUACUCCGGCACCCUCACCCCUCAAAUUUCUCAGCUCACCCAUCUAUCCACUCUCGACCUCUCCGAAAACUCCUUCUUCGGCCCAAUCCCAUCCUCCAUUUCCUCCCUCUCUUACCUCCAAAUCCUGACCCUCCGAUCCAACUCCUUCUCCGGCUCUCUCACUCCCUCCAUCACCAAGCUCAAGUCUUUAGAAUCUCUAGACAUUUCCCACAAUUUCCUAACAGGGUUCCUCCCAAACUCCAUGGCUUCUUUAUCCAACUUAAGAAGACUCGAUCUCAGCUUCAACAAGAUCACCGGAUCACUCCCCAGACUCCCACCAAAGCUCUUAGAACUCGCUCUCAAAAGCAACUCGCUAUCCGGGCCCUUGUCGAAAUCGUCCUUCGACGGAUUGUCUCAGCUGGAGGUGGUCGAGCUCAGCCAGAACUCGUUCUCCGGUACAUUACAGUCAUGGUUCUUCCUCAUCCCUUCCCUCCAACAAGUCGACCUAGCCAAUAACAGCCUGACAGGUGUCGACAUCGCCAGGCCUGGCUCCGGCAGAGGCGGCGAGCUCGUGGCGGUCGACUUAAGCUUCAACAGAAUCGAAGGCUACGCGCCCGCGAACUUCGCGGCAUUUCCGAGGCUGUCGUCGCUGUCGGUUCGUUACAACAGGCUACGUGGCAAGAUCCCAGUAGAGUACGGGAAGAACAAGUCGUUGAAGCGGUUGUACUUAGAUGGUAACUUUCUGAACGGGCAACCACCGCCGGCGUUGUUAACCGGAAGUUCGGGAAUCUCCGGCAGCUUGGGGGAUAAUUGUCUACAGGGGUGUCCAUCUUCAGCGAAGCUGUGCCUUCCGUCGCAGAAAUCAAACGCGAUAUGCAAGCAGGCCUAUGGUGGAGGAAGAGGAAGACCGAGGUCUUGAAACGUCGGAUUUGUCGGUCAAAUUAUUACUAUUUUUUGUUUCUCAAGUUUAUUUUGUUAAAAAAUGUAGUCCUAAUAAAACAAAAUGUAUGAUGCUUAUUAUUAAGCAAUUUGUAAUAUAAGUUAUACAUUAGAGAUUAAGGAUUGUUGGGUUGGUCUCAUUCUCAUAAUGUAGUGAUGAAACCUAGAAGUGGUUACACCUCAAUUAUUGGUGAUUGUACAUUUGUAUAUGACCAUAAUAUUAGGUGGUCCGGAUGUUAAUGGAGAUGGGGUAGCUAUGUCACUUUGUCAAUUUAUAAACUA